AUGACACACUUUGAUCAGAUCAAUGCCUCAUUCCUUAAAUGGCUCAAUACCAACGGAGCGACAGUCUCGGCAUCGAUCUCCCUUCAGGAUUACUCAACCGAGGGAGCAGGUCGCGGCGUCGUUGCCUCCGCUGAUAUCAAAAAAGAUGAAGAAAUAUUCUCGAUCCCCAGUUCAUUACUUCUCUCGCCUGAGACUUCUCAGCUUGCUCAGAAGGUCAAUCUCAAGGAAUUGGAAGGAUGGAAUCCACUGCUGAUGUGCAUGGUUUACGAAUACUGCCUUGGAGCAGAGUCGCACUGGAAGCCCUAUUUUGAUAUUCUUCCGACUGAGUUUUCAACGCCAAUGUUUUGGAACAAGGAAGAAGUGGAAGAGUUGAAGGGCACAGGAAUCGCUGACAAGAUCGGAAAGGAGGAAGCAGAAACACUGUUCACAGAAAAACUCUGGCCCUUGAUCUCUGCAAAUCUACAACUCUUCCCCCAGCAGAAUCAGGAUGCAUCUGCAUUUUUGAAAAUCUUUCACCGCAUGGGCUCCCUAAUCAUGGCCUAUGCAUUCCACGACACGAUUCCCGGUAAAGACGAGGACGAAGAUAUGGACGAAGACAACGAUGACGAAGAGGAGGAAGAAGAGAAAGUGAAUGUAUCAAUGGUUCCGAUGGCCGACAUGUUAAACCACAAGACCGGAUACAAUAACGCAAGACUAUUUCACGAGAAGGAUCGUUUGAGGAUGGUCGCGAUCAAAUCCAUCAAGGCUGGUCAGCAGAUCUAUAACACCUACGGCGAAUUAUGCAAUGCUGAUCUUUUGAGAAAAUACGGAUUUGUGGACGUACCGAAUCCGCACAAUAUUGUGGAGAUCAGUGGUGAGUCCGUCGUGGCAAAAUGCACAGAGACGGACGAGAACGGAACGGAGGAGAAAGUUGAGUGGUUGUUGGAGCAGGAGGGAUUGGAGGAUUAUUUCAUUCUUGAAUCGGACGGCGAAAUCCCUGAAGAUUUGAUCGGAUGUGCCAAGAUCCUGAUGAUGCCAAUCGACGAGUUCAAGGCGACAGUCUUGGAAGGAAAGAAAUUGCCCAAUACAAAGCUGACCGUAGGGGUGCAGAAAGUCCUACUCGAGUUGCUAGAGGACAAACUUGCCGAGUACGCAUCCAAUGUCAAGGAUGACAAGGCGAUUUUAAAGCAGCCCACGGAAAGUGUUCCCUUGAAUAAGCGAAAUGCAGCAGUUGUACGAUCAGAAGAGCGUGAGAUUGUGCAGCGCGUUUUGGACAAGGUCAAGAGGUGGAGACCUCCGACUCUCGCACCCGCAGCGACAUCAGGAGGCAAGCAAAAAGGAAAUGCUAAGGGCCAACAUCCAAACAAGGGCAAGAAGCCAUAUCAAAACAAAUAA